UUUCAUUACUAUGAUAUAAUAAUACCAUUCGAAUGCCAAACAAUAAAAUUCAAGGACCUCCUAAAAUCUAAAAGAUCAAAUUAAUAUAAUAUGUGCUAAUUGGACAUCUAGUAAGAAAAGAAUUAAUACUCAAGAGUGGGGAAUCUCCAAAAAAAUCUGUAUAAAAACUUAUCACAACCUUCCUAUCAGUAUCAGUGUUCCAAAUCACACAAUUCAAAAUGUUCGCUAAAGUAAUAAUCUUCUCCGGCCUUUUGGCUAUCAGUCUCUGUGCUCCAGUCGACGAACCAGUUGCCAUUUUAGCCCAAACUUCCGACAUUUUACCUGACGGUAGCUUCCAAUCCAACUACGAAACCGCCGACGGAACCAAAGUCGAACAAACCGGUACUGUCAAGCAAGUCGGAGAAGAAGUAGUUCAAACUAUUCAUGGCUCAAUCUCCUACACCGACAAAGAAGGAAACAAACACGAGUUGACCUAUGUUGCUGACGAAAAUGGAUUCCAACCUCAAAGUGCUGACUUGCCAGUAGUACCAGAAAUACCAUUAGCCAUCCAGAAGAGUUUGGAAUACAACGCAGCCCAUCCCGAACCAAUGGAACACUAGGAUUUUUUUUUUGACGCCGCAUGCUGUUUUUAUAAAAUAGCGAAUGGACCUUUGACUGUUUUUUUUGUUAGGUUUUCUAAAAUACAUUUUGAAUAAUUGAAAUUUUGUAUUUUUUACUUUAUUAGCAACAUUUUACCAUGUCGCAUCUACAAUAUAGAUGUAUGUGGAAUAUAGGUAUACUGUUUCUAACAAGUAGGUAGAGGUAAUAGGUUACUAAAUAUCAUCAGCUGAAUGUGG